AUCGCAGUGAGUUUUCUAACACGAUUUUAUACAAAAAACAUUAAGUUUCCAAUAAGAAAAUGUCUAAAAAUGCACAAGUGGUCGACGGUGAAGCGUCUGAAAGCGAUUCUGAAAUAGAAGUCGGCAAAUCACCGGACCUUGACGUAACGGUGAAUACAAAGUCAUUUGUGAUCGCAGGAGAGGCUCCAGAAUCUGAUGAUGAAACAAAACUGACCAUACCACAAAAUCUGCCGGAACUAGAUUUACCGCUGCACAGCGUACUCCAACCAUCUCCAUCACCAGCGCCUCCUAACUCCAACAUUUACAACUCAUUGCUGCAUCAGAAACUUUGGGAAUGCAACGUGUCAUUCAGGGCUACCCUCGAAGGCCUUAUAAAGCAUACAACAGAAAUAUCAGUGGAGAAGCUGACAAGAGCCGACAAAACAUUACUUAAUGUACAAGAAAGCAUGAGGGCUACAAAUGCUAAUCUGACAUUAGCUAGAGCUCGUUUGAAACAACUUCACGCCGAACUAGAGAAGGCGAACUGCAGCGCUGCUUUACCUACAGUUAAAAUAAAAUAAAUA